AUGGCAGUCCACGCGUGCUUGUCGACGGUAUCGGGCGUUGAGGGCGGCGGCGCAAGCGGGUCUGGCGCAUCCAUCGCCACGAGCCUCGCGGCCGCGGUCGUGGCACACCUGGUGGCGGCUCUCGAGGCCGUCUCUACGGCGCUCGACGCCGUGUGA